AUGCAGGCUGCUAAGCCAAAGUCAAUGAGAAAAGGGCUUCACUCCGGCUCUGGCUCCCAGGACGACACCGUUGCUGCCAAGCUCCGGCGCGCCCAUCGCAAGUCGCGUAAGGGCUGUUGGGAGUGCAAGCGACGGCAUAUCAAAUGCGACGAAUCUCGACCUGCUUGUGGCAACUGCGCCGUCAGUGAACGAUCAUGUUCCUUUCCAUCCUCCGCAACGCCCGCUACCACUACGCCAACCGCAUCCCCGAUUCCGUUCCACCCUCUGCCUCUACUCCAGGCCAUCCCGAACAAUGCCAGCAAUAAUCAAGUUCAGAGCUGUGCCGAUAGCUGCUCCGACGCCAGUGCUAUCCAAAUUCCUCAGUCUGCUGGACGGCCGCCAUCGUGCUCGCGUGGCCGGGUUGGUUUUCCUGAGGUUACUGAUGACCUAAUCCCCUUUCCUACAACAUUCCCCUCCUUUACCGACACACUUGCCGUAACCACUUUCGUUGAUUCCUCUUCCCCUGCAACAAUCCCUAGCGGCCUUCCUCAACCCAUCUUCACCGCCAAACAUCUCAGCUUACUUCACCAUGCCAUCACAGAUAUGCCCCUUGCCGGCAGCUUCAUAGGGCUUGUUGUCGAUAUCGCCUUAAAGUGGUGCCAUGUAGCGCCGUACGCUAUGGACCAGCUCCUCGCAUUAUCAGCGGACCAUCUCGGUCUAUUAUCACCUGAAAAUGCCACAUCUCAUCGUCGCACUGCUACUGAGCUUCAGACUCGCGCUCUCAUGUGGUUCAACCGCCCUCCUCCCGAACUAAUGAAUAGGGGUGGGUCUGAUCCAAACAAGACUUGCGUCCCUCGAUUCCUCUUUGCGUCUCUUCUCAGUCUCCAAAUUCUUUAUGAGACGUUUACUCACUACCGUGCCAACUUUCACGUCUUUAUAGAAAGAUUUCUCGAAUUGGCACAUCUCCAUCGAGGGGUUCGAACCGUAACCUCCUCGAUGUAUGACACUAUUCUUGAGUCUAGCAUAGGUCCAUUCCUUCUCAACAUACGCAACGCCGAAGAAGCAGCGAAACAUGGUGGCAGUGAAUGUGUCGAGCUUAUUAGUCUCAUCCGAGCUUCCGAUUUGGGCCCGACAGCAGUGACAGGAUGCCUAAGAGCCGCUCGCACGCUACAAUGGGCCUUCAAUAUCCAUGCUAACCUGCCCCUCGAGGACAACGUACAUGCUGCAACCGCAUUUCCUGUACUCUUGACGGCAGACUUCCUGGAUACCGUACGAAAACAGCAACCUGAAGCCCUCAUAAUCAUGGCAUACUACGGCGUCUUACUACAUCGGUGCCGCGAAUCUUGGUUUAUAGACGAUGCGGGCACCUUCUUGGUGCGGCUUAUUGCCGAUUACUUGGGCAGCUUUUGGCAAGAGCCAAUGCGCUGGCCUUUGGAGGAGGUGGCUAGGGAGCAAGGAUGA